ACCAAGACAGUGAACCUUUGGAGUUUGAUAUGAUGUGAUCACACACACACACACACACACACACACACACUCUCUCUCCUCAGAAUGACUCUGCUCUGAUCGGAGGAGGUGAUCUCUGAAAUUGCUCGGUGAGCACCCCUAAUUUCCCUGAUUUACGUAUCGCUGUCAAUCACACCCAAUGGAAGCCAAUCAGAUAGCCGGGGACGGGCUGGCCGGGACGCAGAAGGAGGCGUCGCUGCGGGCGCUAAUGCUACGUACCGGAUACCAGCUGCUGCAGGAGAACGGGCAGCGGCGGUACGGCGGACCUCCGCCCAGCUGGGACGGCCCCCCGCCGGAGAGAGGGAGCGAGAUCUUCGUGGGGAAACUCCCGCGAGAUCUGUUCGAAGACGAGCUGGUCCCACUGUGUGAGAAGUUCGGUAAGAUCUACGAGGUGAGGAUGAUGAUGGACUUUAACGGGAACAACCGAGGCUACGCCUUCGUCACCUUCUCCAACAAACUGGAGGCCAAAGCGGCGAUGAAGCAGCUCAACAACUACGAGAUCAGAAAUGGCCGCCUCCUCGGAGUCUGUGCCAGCGUGGAUAACUGCCGUCUGUUCGUGGGCGGGAUUCCCAAAAUGAAGAAGCGUGAGGAGAUCCUGUCAGAGAUGAGGAAGGUCACCGACGGGGUCGUGGACGUCAUCGUGUAUCCGAGCGCCGCCGACAAAUCCAAGAACCGAGGAUUCGCCUUUGUGGAGUACGAGAGCCACCGAGCCGCCGCCAUGGCCCGACGCAAACUGCUGCCAGGUGAACAAACAUAUAAGACAAUAAUAUUAAUAAUAUGAUAUAUAAUGAGACUU